GCAAGCCCCGCGCGCCGCCCCUGCGGCCCCCUCCGCCCGUGUGGCCUUUGUGCCGGGCGCGCACCGGAGAGCGAGCGAGCGAGCGCGAGAAGUACAAGUACGGGAGACCGAGGCAGUGGGAAAAGAGGCCGGGCCACUUUCUCCCCGCUCGGGCUGCGGAGAAUGGACUGGUUGAAUGUGCAGGCGCGUCUCCCCGGCGUGUGCUGUGUGUGUGUGCGCGGCGGAAAGGCCUCCCCGACUCCCACCGCGCACACGCACACUCACACGCACGCACACACUCACGGACCCGCGGCGGGCUCGGCGGCCGAGAGUUUGCGUUUUCUUCCUCGCCGCCUCCCACUUCCCGACCGACUGUACCUCCAGGAGAAGUCUUGAGGGUGAACCACAGUCUUAAAGACCAUCAGAUAAUUAUUUCUUCACUGCCACUAGGUUAAAAAUAAAUCAUGACUGAAUCCGCCUCUAGCACAAGUGGUCAAGAAUUUGAUGUAUUUAGUGUUAUGGAUUGGAAGGACGGAGUAGGUACAUUACCAGGAAGUGACUUAAAGUUCCGUGUAAAUGAGUUUGGAGCCCUGGAAGUUAUUACAGAUGAGAGUGAGAUGGAAAAUGUUAAAAAGGCAACAGCGACUACAACUUGGAUGGUACCAACUGCUCAAGAAGCCCCGACCUCUCCCCCGAGCUCCAGGCCCGUAUUUCCACCUGCCUACUGGACAUCUCCACCUGGAUGUCCCACAGUCUUUUCUGAGAAGACUGGAAUGCCUUUCAGGCUGAAGGACCCAGUGAAAGUAGAAGGGCUUCAAUUCUGUGAGAAUUGUUGUCAAUAUGGCAGCGUAGAUGAGUGUCUUUCUGGAGGAAACUACUGCAGCCAGAAUUGUGCUCGACAUAUCAAAGACAACAGAGAUCAGAAGGAAGAAAGGGACAUGGGAGAAGACAACGAGGAAGAAGAUUCUAAGUGUAGCAGGAAGAAAAAGCCAAAGUUAUCUCUGAAAGCCGACUCCAAGGAGGAAGACGAGCGGGAGGAUGAGAUGGAAAACAAACAAGAUGGGAGAAUUCUGAGGGGUUCACAGAGAGCCCGAAGGAAAAGACGAGGUGAUUCGGCUGUAUUAAAGCAGGGUUUGCCUCCUAAAGGAAAGAAAGCUUGGUGCUGGGCGUCCUACCUGGAAGAGGAGAAAGCUGUGGCCGUGCCGGCAAAGCUGUUCAAGGAGUAUCAGUCUUUUCCAUAUAACAAAAAUGGGUUUAAAGUUGGCAUGAAACUAGAAGGCGUGGACCCUGAACAUCAGUCUGUGUAUUGUGUCCUGACUGUGGCUGAGGUUUGUGGAUACCGGAUAAAGCUGCACUUUGAUGGAUACUCUGAUUGUUACGACUUCUGGGUAAAUGCCGAUGCUCUGGAUAUCCAUCCAGUUGGGUGGUGUGAGAAAACUGGCCAUAAACUCCAUCCUCCAAAAGGAUAUAAAGAAGAAGAAUUUAAUUGGCAGACCUAUCUCAAGACAUGCAAAGCUCAGGCUGCUCCCAAGUCAUUAUUUGAAAAUCAGAAUAUAACAGUGAUCCCAUCAGGCUUUCGAGUUGGAAUGAAGCUUGAAGCUGUAGACAAAAAGAACCCUGCAUUCAUCUGUGUUGCUACGGUAACAGAUAUGGUGGACAAUCGUUUCCUCGUACAUUUUGACAACUGGGAUGAGAGCUAUGACUAUUGGUGUGAAGCCUCUAGUCCACACAUUCAUCCAGUUGGUUGGUGUAAAGAGCAUCGAAGAACGCUCAUUACUCCUCCAGGUUAUCCAAAUGUGAAACAUUUUUCUUGGGAUAAAUACUUAGAAGAAACCAAUUCUUUACCUGCUCCUGCAAGAGCUUUCAAAGUGAAGCCACCACAUGGAUUCCAGAAAAAAAUGAAGCUUGAGGUCAUAGACAAAAGAAAUCCCAUGUUUAUUAGAGUAGCAACAGUUGCAGACACAGAUGAUCACCGAAUAAAAGUUCACUUUGAUGGCUGGAAUAGCUGCUAUGAUUACUGGAUAGAUGCAGAUUCUCCUGACAUUCACCCUGUCGGUUGGUGUUCAAAAACUGGCCAUCCUCUUCAACCUCCUUUGAGCCCCUUAGAACUGAUGGAAGCCUCAGAAAACGGUGGCUGCACAACCCCAGGAUGUAAAGGGAUUGGCCAUUUUAAGCGAGCGAGACACCUGGGCCCUCACAGUGCUGCCAACUGUCCCUAUUCAGAAAUCAAUUUGAAUAAAGACCGAAUUUUCCCAGAUCGUUUAAGUGGUGAAAUGCCUCCAGCUAGUCCAUCGUUUCCAAGAAGUAAAAGGGCAGACACAAAUGAAAUCUCUUCGUCUCCUGAAACCAGAGACCAGCGGGCUGAGGAUGUCAAAGAAGACUUUGAAGAGAGAACAGAAAGUGAGCUGAGGACACCACAUGAAGCCAGAGGUGCCCGGGAAGAAAGCAGCGUACAGCAGGCGCAGCGUCGGUCAGCCGUCUUUCUGUCCUUUAAGUCCCCAAUUCCAUGUCUGCCCCUGCGCUGGGAGCAGCAGAGCAAGCUUCUCCCCACGGUGGCUGGCAUUCCUGCCAGUAAAGUUUCCAAAUGGAGUACGGAUGAGGUGUCAGAAUUCAUACAGAGCUUACCUGGAUGUGAAGAACAUGGGAAGGUAUUUAAAGAUGAACAAAUUGAUGGAGAGGCAUUUCUGCUUAUGACCCAAACAGACAUUGUGAAAAUUAUGAGCAUUAAGUUGGGCCCAGCGCUCAAAAUUUUCAAUUCUAUCUUGAUGUUCAAAGCCGCAGAGAAGAACUCUCACAAUGAACUUUGAAGGUGGUGAAUUUUGAAUACCAUCAGCUUUCUGCUUUAAAGCUCAUAUUUUACUCAAAGCACAAAGACAGUUGUAACUUCUAAGUGAGAAGUCUCCAAAAAUCUAAAGAGCGAUGCUAUCAGAUUAUUUAUAUUCCUCAAGAGACGAUAUAUAUGAAUUCUUACAAAAGUGCUUGAGCUUUUAACCAGGUACUGUCUAACAACAGUCAUCUUUCGGUUCUGUUCACUGAGCUAAAUUUAUCUUUGUAAAUCUUUUUGAGGCUGGGGGGGUGGGGGGAAGGGGGACUUCAUUAAUUAUUUAUGGAAAAAGUGGGGGGGCAGAGUAAGAACUUUUGGCAUUUUGUAAACAUUGUUGAAUUCUCUUUCAUGUACACUGUUUCUUUUUCAAUACUUUCAGGAACCUUUUUUAUAUAAUCAAACUUCAACUUAAACCAAAUUAGUCAAAACCUGGCUAAGUUUAGCCAGUGGGACUGUUAUCUGUAUUGUUAAUUCUGUGCCAUAUUUUGAAUUGCAACAUUAUGCUAAGUAUAACUUUGCAAGUCAUGAUAUUGCCUAACUGCUUGUCCUGAUUCAUUGAGGCUGAAUAGUUGUAAAAAUUACCUUCCUUUAAAUCAGUGUUUUUACUUUUGCACGCAAUUAUGAAAUGUUAAACAAAUUACUUUCACCAGCAUCUUGACUAUAAUUACCAAAAACAUGUAUAUAAAUAAUGGAAUUAAAAAAUAAAAUAUAUAAACAUAAAUAAGGUGAUGUAUUUGAAUGGCAUCAGUCUCAUACAUUGUGGUGCCCUGUGUGUUUACAGGAUUCCAGUGAUAUCAAAGGAAUAUACAGUUAUAUUUGAAGGGGGUGCUGUUUGUAUGAUCUUGAACUAUUUAUGAGAUUAUAUUGAGCUUUUCUCUAAUUGUCAUUGAAAUAACUGUGGUCCUUUGCAGAGGUGAAGGGAUCGUUCUGUCGAUGUAAACACUAAUCCCAAAAGAGCUCUGUCUUAGACCUUGCAGUGUCCUCCAAACCCAAAGGUUUUCUUCAGUGUUGGCUAAAGAGAGAGUAUAUAGAUUUUACUGAAAAGGCAAGAUUUGAGGGAGCAACCCCAGUUGAGGCAAACAUUCUAAAUGCUCAUAGAUCAGGGAAGUGACUUCCUAAAGCUCCAUUUUGGAGAGACCCUUUUCUCCAUAGAAGUGUUUGCCUCAGUAGAGAAGCGUACAGAUGCACUUUAAUUGAAAGCCCUUGAUUCCCUAUAAACUGAGAGCUGGUAGUGUUUCUUUUGCAAGAAUGCAUUUCCAACGCAAAAGGUAAAUUAUUUUAUCAGCCUAUGUAUGUAACUUCUAUUUCCAGGAUUGGAUAUUUAUCCAAGGACUAUUUUAAAAGUAGAAAGUAAGUUUGUAGCAUGUUGUCUGAAUUCUGGGGAAAGUUUCACCUUUCUCUGUAGUUGCUCUCAUUUUUUCUCAUGUAGGAUUCCCUUGAUAUCUGCCCUGCCCCACUCACCCUGUUGGAAGUCUGUAGUGGUCCUUUGCUUUUGUUGUAAUUCAAGGUAAAACAGGGCCCAUGACAUCUGCCAUGGCCGCUUCAUUUCUUUGCAUGAGUCUGCUUAAAAAAAGUUUUUCGUUGUUAGUUUUUAUUUUCUUUAUGUUCUGUUCAGAGUUUGUACAUUCAAGUUGCACUUGUUAUACCUGACAUGAAUAAAAUAAAAUCUUAAUUGCAGAU